AUGCUGUGAUAAGGCUCAUGUCACCUGGCUGGUAGAGCAGGUGGAGAGUGGCACUGUCAUUUGGCACUGCCAUGUAAAGGCAGACAUUCCUUUUGGCACAUAGACUUUUGCCAAUAUAUUGUGUAUAUAUAAGGCACAUACUGGUGUUUUAUUCAUAUCAUUAGCAGCAAUUUUGAGUCUGUUUCUGUUAGAGAGUGGAAUGUGGUGUUGUGUUUAUUUGACAGGCUUCGUUCAUGGAUAAUCCAACAGAGGACAUGUAAAGCUUGAACAUUUCUGGCCUCUCCCCUAGAUUGCACUCUGCACUUUUCACAAAUCACAUGAUAGUGAUGUUACAAAUAACACUGAAGCUUUGAGGCUCAUAUCAAGCAAGCAGCACAAUCUGGCCUGUAUCGGGGAGAUUAUUGGUCUCACAUAGUCAUGUGAUCGAUGACAAAACGAAGCCUCACUUUCUGUCCAAUCACAUGGGCGAUUCGUUUUGGAUGUCGGAAUGUUCGAACCCCAGCUUACAAAAAUGAGGACUCUUUUGUAAUAGGUCCAUUUAAUUUUGAUUUUGAUUGGGAGGAUCUUAAUUCAACAAUAAAUAGAGCAUCAUUUCUGAGCACAAUAUUAUUCAACUAGACCCUCUUCACAGACUGCUGAUAACUGCUGAAUUGUCUUCUGUGAGGUUGAUACGUUGAUGAAUUCCAGGUCCCCUCUACCCUCUUGAUGGAAGCCAGCACAGUCAGGAGCACUGUCUUCAUUGAAAGAAUUUUCAGCUCAGUUGACUGCAGUGGUUCAAAGGGGGCACUCUGUGAUGCUUUAAGGACCAAUGAGAGAUCCCAAGAUGGCCAUCCGUGUGAUUGUGUUUCUAACACUUUUUACUGGACUGUGCGUUGCUGAUUCCAAAGGGAAUCUUGCUCUUCAUGCCAAGGCUGUGCAGUCCUCCACAUACAACCCACAGGGAGAUGCUCAACAUGCAGUAGAUGGAAACAGAGACUCAGAUUACGGGAAGGGCUCAUGCUCUCAGACUAAAUCUGAGUUUAAUCCAUGGUGGAGAGUUGACCUUGGAAAUGUCUACAGAAUAAGCAACGUUACCAUCACUAAUCGUGGAGACUGUUGCAAAGAGCGACUUAGAGGAGCUCAUAUUCGUAUUGGUAACAGUCUGGACAACAACGGAAACAACAAUGAGCUGGCUGCAACUCUUCUCACUGUUCUUGAUGGCACAGAAACAUUUUCAUUUGAGUCUGUUAUUGGCCGAUAUGUCAACAUUUUUUUACCUGGGAAUGAUGAAGUCCUUUCUCUGUGUGAAGUCGAGGUGUUUGCAGAUAAGUACACACCACCGUACAUUUGUGUUCCAAGGAAUCUUGCUCUUGGAGCCACAGCUGUCCAGUCUACCACAUACCCUCAAUCAGGACCCCAAAAUGCUGUCGAUGGCAACAGGAAUUCAAUUUUCAGUCGACUAUCAUGCAGUGCGACUAAUGCGGACAGGGACCCCUGGUGGAGAGUUGACUUAUUGGAAGUCUACAGGAUUACAAGGGUUAGCAUCACUAAUCGUGGAGAUUGUUGUCCAGAGAGAAUGAAUGGUGCUCAGAUCCGUGUCGGCAACAGCCUGGAAAAUAAUGGCAACAAUAAUGAGCUGGCUGUGACUGUUGAGUCCAUCCCACUUGGAGAGACACAAACAUUUGAGUUUGAGCCUAUUAAGGGGCGAUAUGUCAACAUUUUUAUACCUGGGCGCAAUGAAUAUCUCACACUGUGUGAGGUUGAGGUGUUUGCAGAUUAAGUGGAAUGAGAUGAUGUUACACCACAGUCCACUGAUCCUAUAAGCAAAAUACCAAACUACUGUUUUCUGAGCAAUACUAAUAUUGCGCUUUAUUCAUUGUUUUCAUUUUACCUGUGCACCUUUUAUUCUUAAGAUAAAAGAUAAGUUUCAGUGCACAUUCAGUAAAGGAAUGAAAUGGAUCUUAAAAUGUACCUAUCUUUUACCCAUCUUUGUUUAUCUUUGCUUUCUACAUGAAUAAAUUACAGCAUUGCA